UCACAACACCUGAGUCAACACCCCCAAUUACCCAAUUCGCAGAAGCUGGUAUGAAGCAUCUCAGGCACAACCCAAUAUGCAGCCGUCGUUCACAACUCCAAGCACUACAGAUCGAAAUUCAAAUAAACUGAAAUCAAGAAAAGGUUUUUGGGUAGGGCUUUGCUAUCUGGAUCGAACGAUGAAGCGAAGCCGGAUCUUCUUCUUCUGGUGCGAGGCUUCAAAUGCGAAGCCGGAUCUUCUUCUGGUGCGGGGCGAAGAAGUGUAAAAGCCAAAAAAAGGCCGGUUGUACCGUGCGCACGGUACAGCCGGCUGUACGAUGUAUUUUACCCUACCAAACGCCCCCUAAUAAAAUUCUAGCACAACAAAGAUGCCAUGCCACAUGGGUAAAUUUGAUUGGCUUGGAGUGGAUCAGGGGUGUCCAUCUCAUCUCUUUUUUGUGUGGCUACUCAGUGCUCCUUGCUUUAUCAAACAAACAACCCCUUAAUCUGCAAAUUCCUUCCAUCCUCAAAAUCAAUCAAACUGAAAACAGAGUAAAGUAACUCAGAGCUUGGUCCUCUUCCAUCAUCUCAUUCUCGUUAAUCAAAACCAGAACAUAUAUGGCCUCCACCAUCUCUGCCUGCUCUUCAACCUCCACUCUAGCUCGUGCUUCCUUCGUGCCGAAAUCCCCCGCAUCACGCCCCUCCUCCGCUCUUGGGUUGCCGGCGAUGAGUAAAGUGGCGAAGACGAGAUGUUCGAUGGAGAGAAAGACGGAGAGGAAGUCAGAGUUGAGGACCGGCGGUGCAUCCUUGUUGUCGGCGGCGGCGGUUGUGAUGUCGAGCCCGGCAGCCAUGGCGUUGGUGGAUCAGAGGAUGGGCACGGAGGGGACGGGGCUUCCGUUCGGGCUGAACAACAACCUUCUAGGGUGGAUACUGUUGGGGGUGCUGGGGCUAACUUGGUCAUUUUACAUGGUCUACACUUCUGGGCUGGAGGAAGACGAGGAGUCUGGGCUGUCCCUCUGACUGACCUUCUUCGUCUUCAUCUCUACUCUGUUUAAUUAGUGAUCAAUGGUAUAGUACUUAUUAUCUUGGUGCUGUUAUUGCUGUAAACUUUUGCUGUAAUGAAAUAUUGCUUGACUGAUUCGUGAUGCUUCGUUUGGAUUGUUACUCAAUUUAGCAAAAUGAACUUGAAGUCUUGAAUAAGCAAGUUUAUAUAGAUAUUGAUUGGAU